GAUUGAUUGAUCAAAUACUAGCCAGAAAAGUGAACCUCUAGCUACCAAAUCAAGUUCAUUUCGCAAAUCAAUGUCUUUGCUUAACUUAGAAGACUGAUGAAGUUUUCUUGAUGUUGGCCAUAAACUAGUAGAAUGAAGAUAUCAGUAGCAGGCUUUGUUAUACUAAUCAUAUGUUUCAUUUCAUUCUUUUUCUCAAUAAGCUGUUCAGCAGGAGACAAUCUUAAUGCAACUCAAUCACUCAAAGAUGGUGACACCAUAGUGUCUGCAGAAGGAAGUUUUGAGAUGGGAUUUUUUACGCCUGGAAAAUCCAAGAAACGUUAUGUGGGGAUAUGGUACAAGAAGAUAGCUAACGGGACAGUAGUUUGGGUUGCCAACAGAGAUAUUCCUCUCAAUGAUUCUUCAGGAGUGCUCAAGUUUUCUGAAGGAGAUCUUGUUCUUGUCAAUAGUACAAAUAACAUCAUCUGGUCUUCCAGGUUAUCUAGAUCAGCAACCAAUCCAGUCGCACGACUUUUGGAUACAGGAAAUCUUGUUGUGGUAGAUGUGAAUGAUGAUGACCCUGAAAACUUCUUGUGGCAGAGUUUUGAUUACCCUGGUAACGCAUUUCUAGCAGGCAUGAAGGCUGGCAUAGACUUGCGCACCGGCCUGAAAAGAGACCUGACAUCCUGGAAGAGUUCAGAUGAUCCUUCUGUAGGUGAAUAUUCAAACCGGCUUCAUCCUGGCGGAGUACCACAGAUUCUUUUAUGGAAGGGUUCAGUUUUGAGGUUCAGGUCUGGUCCAUGGAAUGGUCUCAGGUUUAGUGGUAUGCCAAACUUAAAACCCAACCAAAUUUACACAUUUGAAUUUGUUUUCAAUGAUACGGAAAUAUACUACAAGUAUGAACUGAUUAACAGCUCAGUUGUUACAAGAAUGGAGUUGACCCCUGAUGGAGCCCUGCAGCGAUACAUAUGGGUUGAUAGAACUCAGGAAUGGAACCUGUACUUAGGAGCAUCAAUGGAUGAUUGUGACAGGUAUGCACUGUGUGGUGCACACGGCAGUUGCAACAUAAACAAUUCUCCAGCGUGUGGGUGCUUGAAGGGAUUUGUUCCAAAAUUCCCCGAAGAAUGGGUUGCAGCUGAUUGGUCUAAUGGAUGUGUGCGGAAGGUAUCAUUGGAUUGCCGUGAAGGAGAGGAUUUUCUGAAGUAUUCUGGAAUUAAACUGCCUGACACACGGCAGUCUUGGUAUAAUAAGACCAUGAACCUUGAAGAAUGCAAGCGGGUGUGUUUGAAGAACUGCUCAUGUACUGCAUAUGCCAAUAUGGUUAUCAGGGGGGGAGGAAGUGGAUGCAUACUUUGGUUCAAUGACCUGAUUGAUAUUAGACAGUAUAAUGAAAAUGGGCAAGACAUUUACAUAAGAUUGGCUGCCUCAGAAAUAGCUGCAUACAGAAGUUCCAAAGGGAAAGAACGGGUGAGGAAGAUAAUCAUCCCUGUUUUAUCCUUUGCAAUAGUUCUCCUAGGUCUUUUUCUGAUCUUCGUUAUCUUGAAGAGAAGGAAGAAAUUUAGGAGAAAAGGGGCCGUGGUGCUGAAUCGAGAACAAGAGGUCCCUGAAGAAAGAGAGACAGAUGAUUUGGAGCUACCAUUAUUUGAUUUUGCUACAUUAACUGAUGCCACUGGUUAUUUUUCAAUGAGCAAUAUGCUUGGCCAGGGCGGAUUCGGAUCAGUGUAUAAGGGAACAUUAAAUGAUGGACAAGAAAUAGCUGUGAAGAGGCUUUCAGAGACAUCAAGACAGGGAAUUGAUGAAUUCAAGAAUGAAGUUUCAUGUAUUGUUAAACUUCAGCACCGCAACCUGGUGAAGCUUCUCGGUUGCUGCAUUCAUGCAGAAGAAAGGUUGCUGAUCUAUGAAUAUAUGCCUAACAAAAGCUUGAACUUCUUUAUUUUCGAUCAAAACCGAAGCAGAUUAUUGGAUUGGCCUAAGCGCUUCAAUAUCAUCAAUGGCAUUGCUCGGGGGAUUCUUUAUCUUCAUCAAGAUUCCAGACUAAGAAUUAUUCAUAGGGAUCUAAAAGCUAGCAACAUUUUAUUAGACUAUGAUAUGAAUCCAAAAAUUUCAGACUUUGGACUGGCUAGAAUUUUUGGGGGAGAUGAAACAGCAGCAAAUACAAAGAAAGUGGUUGGAACAUACGGCUACAUGUCUCCAGAGUAUGCAAUUGAUGGUCUCUUUUCCGUAAAAUCUGAUGUUUUUAGUUUUGGAGUGUUGGUAUUAGAGAUGGUCAGUGGGAAGAGAAACAGGGGAUUUACUCACUCUGAUCACAAGCUCAACCUUCUUGGACAUGCUUGGAGACUCUUUAAUGAAGAAAGGUUUAUAGAAUUGAUUGAUGAAUCGGUAAAGGACUCGUGCAACAUAGCCGAAGUGUUGCGUUCAGUUCAUGUAGGCUUAUUAUGUGUGCAACAAAGUCCAGAAGAUAGACCAAGCAUGUCAACUGUAGUUCUGAUGUUGAGUAGUGAUAUAGCAUUGCCUCAGCCUAAGAAACCUGGUUUUUAUGCUGAAAGGAGUUUGAUAGGAGGAGAUUCUUCAACAGGCAAGCAAGAUACAUCUUCAACCAAUGAAGUAACUGUUACAUUGCUAGAGGCUCGAUAAAAUACACGUCUUGUAUCAGAGCCUGUGAAAUUUUCAAUGCAUAUACAUCCUCAAUACAUGUUUUAAUCACAUUAUUUAA